UCCGGCGCUGAACUUGAAGAGCCAGUCUAGGGCCUAGGCGCAGACGCACUGAGCCGAAGCAGCCGGUGAUGGCGGCAGCAGCGACGGUGUCUGCGGCGGGUCCGGGCCCAUGAGGCGACGGCGGAGGCGGGACGGCUUUUACCUAGCACCUGACUUCCGAGACAGGGAAGCUGAGGACAUGGCAGGAGUGUUUGACAUAGACCUGGACCAGCCAGAGGACGCAGGCUCUGAGGAUGAGCUGGAGGAGGGGGGUCAGUUAAAUGAAAGCAUGGACCAUGGGGGAGUUGGACCAUACGAACUUGGCAUGGAACAUUGUGAGAAAUUUGAAAUCUCAGAAACUAGUGUGAACAGAGGGCCAGAAAAAAUCAGACCAGAAUGUUUUGAGCUACUUCGGGUACUUGGUAAAGGGGGCUAUGGAAAGGUUUUUCAAGUGCGAAAAGUAACAGGAGCAAAUACUGGGAAAAUAUUUGCCAUGAAGGUGCUUAAAAAGGCAAUGAUAGUAAGAAAUGCUAAAGAUACAGCUCAUACAAAAGCAGAACGGAAUAUUCUGGAGGAAGUAAAGCAUCCCUUCAUUGUGGAUUUAAUUUAUGCCUUUCAGACCGGUGGAAAACUCUACCUCAUCCUUGAGUAUCUCAGUGGAGGAGAACUAUUUAUGCAGUUAGAAAGAGAGGGGAUAUUUAUGGAAGAUACAGCCUGCUUUUACUUGGCAGAAAUCUCCAUGGCUUUGGGGCAUUUACAUCAAAAGGGGAUCAUCUACAGAGACCUGAAGCCGGAGAACAUCAUGCUUAAUCACCAAGGUCACGUGAAACUAACAGACUUUGGACUAUGCAAAGAAUCUAUUCAUGAUGGAACAGUCACACAUACAUUUUGUGGAACAAUAGAAUACAUGGCCCCUGAAAUCUUGAUGAGAAGUGGCCAUAAUCGUGCUGUGGAUUGGUGGAGUUUGGGAGCGUUAAUGUAUGACAUGCUGACUGGAGCACCUCCAUUCACUGGGGAAAAUAGAAAGAAAACAAUUGACAAAAUCCUCAAAUGUAAGCUUAAUUUGCCUCCCUACCUCACACAAGAAGCCAGAGAUCUGCUUAAAAAGCUGCUGAAAAGAAAUGCUGCUUCUCGUCUUGGAGCUGGUCCCGGGGAUGCUGGAGAAGUUCAAGCCCAUCCAUUCUUCAGACACAUUAACUGGGAAGAACUUCUGGCUCGGAAGGUGGAACCCCCUUUUAAACCUCUGUUGCAAUCUGAAGAGGAUGUGAGUCAGUUUGAUUCAAAGUUUACACGUCAGACACCUGUUGAUAGCCCAGACGACUCAACUCUCAGUGAAAGUGCCAACCAGGUCUUUCUGGGUUUUACAUAUGUGGCUCCAUCUGUACUUGAAAGUGUAAAAGAAAAGUUUUCAUUUGAACCAAAAAUCCGAUCACCACGAAGAUUUAUUGGCAGUCCACGAACACCUGUCAGCCCAGUCAAAUUUUCUCCUGGGGAUUUCUGGGGAAGAGGUGCUUCAGCCAGCACAGCAAAUCCCCAGGCGUCUGUGGAAUUCCCAAUGGAAACGAGUGGAAUAGAGCAGAUGGAUGUGACCAUGAGUGGGGAAGCAUCAGCACCACUUCCAAUACGGCAGCCAAACUCGGGGCCGUACAAAAAACAAGCUUUUCCUAUGAUCUCCAAGCGGCCAGAGCACCUGCGUAUGAAUCUAUGACAGAACAAUGCUUUUAAUGAAUUUGAGGCAAAAAAGAAAACACAAAAAACUGGGAGGGGAUAUGCAGGCAUCCUACAAGAUGAAAAAGGAGAAUCAAAAUGACAGUCUCAAGAGUCAGUUUCAUUACCUAGAACACUUUGGACAAAGGAAAGAAAUAUGGAUUUUUUUUAAAAAAAUCAAUCAAUGGUGCAAAAAAAAAAAAAAACUUAAGCAAAAUAGUAUUGCGGAACUCUUAGCUACAUUAAUUGAUUCCUAGCAACAUCUCAACGUUAUCAAGGAUUUUCAUGUUGAUGGUUCGAAUAUUGACAGUAUUAAGAAUAGGAUGUUGCUUCUGAAUCACUUCUGAUUAUGUCGAAGAAGGGUUAUCCUUUCAUUAGGCAAAAUAUGAAAUUGCCUAUAAUACUUGCAACUAAGGACAAAUUAGCAUGCAAGCUUGGUCAAACUUUUUCCAGCAACAUGGAGUCAAAGACAAAAGAAACUUACCAAUUGAUGUUUUACGUGCAAACAACCUGAAUCUUUUUUUUAAUAUAAAUAUAUAUUUUUCAAAUAGAUUUUUGAUUCAGCUCAUUAUGGAAAACAUCCCAAACUUUAAAACAUGAAAUUAUUGGUUGAUGUGAAGAAAGCCAGACAGCUUCUGUUUCUUCUCUUGAUGAAAUAAUAAAAUGCAAAUGAAUCAUUGUUAACCACAGCUGUGGCUCCUUUGAGGGCUUGGGGUGGACCUGGGGUUUAUUUUCAGUAACCCAGCUGCAAUACCUGUCUGUAAUACUAGGAAAAAAAAAUCUAUUUAAUCAUUUCUACUUGCAGUACUGCUAUGUGCUAAGCCUAAAUAGAAGCCUUGGAAUGGGCAUAAGUUGUAUGUCCUACAUGUCAUCCUUGUCCUGGGCCUGCAUUGCACUGAAAAAAAAAAUUGCCACCUGUUCUUAUACCAGUAUUUGGUUCAAGACACCCGAUGUAUUCAGCCCAUGGCUGAAAAAGGAUGGAAGAGUCAGGAUAAAAUGUAUGAGGGCAACAAAGCGGGGGAGAUGGAGAUUUCCAGGGAGAGAGAGAGAGAGUAUUGCUGUGGCCCACUCUCUGAUCUCUGCAGCAAAUUGGUAAGGUUUUUAGUUUUACUUCUUACUGUUUUUGCUGUCCACCUUCCUUAAUAUUUUUUCCUCAACAACUUUAAGAAGGAAAACAGGUCUAAUGUUUUUUCUCCUAUGCUGGGGCUACACUUUUUGAUUGUAAAAAUACUUGAUGGCCUUUUAAUGAGUGUCUUCCACAGUGAAUAAGAAAACUAAGUGGCUUCACUUAGGAAUCAUGUUGACAGGACACUGUUUUUGAAAUUGUAAGAAAAUCUACACAAGUGAUUUACAGGUACAAAAAAUAAAAAUAAAGGUAACUUUAUCUUUCUUAAAUACUUCCUGCCUUAAAGAGAGCAUUUCCAUGACUAGCUGGUGAAAGGGUUUAAUAUCUGCAGAACUGUAUAAAAAAUAUAUUUCAGUGCAAACUGGUAUAAGUAGAUCAUGCAGUUACAGUUGAUUCUUACCACUUCUUUUUUGUCUUUUAUAAUGUCUUCAGUCUGAAUGUCAGUCAAUUUGUAAGUUUGCAACCCUAGAUUUUUUUAAAUAGAUGCUGCUUGCUAUGUUCUCCAAACCUUUUUGAGCCAUAGGAUCCAAGCCAUAAAAUUCUUUAUGCAUGUUGAAUUCAGUCAGAAAAAGCAAGGCUUUGCUUAUUAAAUUGUACUUUAUGUGAAAUAGAAGGAAAUCAGUACAGAAGCAAAACCAGAACCAAGAAAAAUGAUUGAAAAUACACCAUUUCAAUUGUGGCAAUAAAUGAAAUAAUUGAUAAAAAAAAUUAUCUUUGGACAGAAAACCCUAUUUUUAAAAAUCAUUUUUCUCUAGACCCUUCUCUUAUUGCAGCAGCGUACUGAGAAUUUUAUAAUUGUACCUAGUAAAUUAGAAGCUAAAUCAUAAUUAAGGACAGAAAUUGUACUUAACAUGCAGAUCUUUGUUUUCUGACAAUUUGUGAUGUCUGGGGGAGAAAAAACCCAAAAAGCUAUGGUUAUAUAUAGGAAUUAUUUCAGACUGUAAAUGGCUUGUAUUACUCUGAUACUUGUUUUCAAAUGUGUUUACUAACUGUAGUGUUGACUGCCUGACCAAAUUCCAGUGAAACUUUUACACCAAAAUAUUCCUUCUCAGUCCUAUUCGCUAGUAACAUGUGCACUGUGACUGGCUAUUACCACCCCAUAGUUAAACUGUUUUGAUCAUUAGUACUGACAGUAAUAGUGGCAAACACCACAACUUUUUUGCAUAAAAGCACUAAUUGCACAUCUACCAUCCACACAAAUGCUAGUUUUUCUAAGUUAACAUUUAUUAAAUUAAAUUAAUUUCCCAUGCUGUGGCAGGUUUAUUGAGAAAUUGUUUCAUAAAUGACAAUAUUCCUAUUAUGACUGUGAAAACAUGUCAAGUGUCACUUUAGUGUCACAGACAGAAAGCACACACCUAUGCAAUAUGGCUUACCCUAUAUUUAUUUGUAAAAAUCCAAGCAUAGUUUAAAAUAGAAGAUGUCAAUAUUAUUAGUCUUGAGUUUCUAAGAAGGUUCUUUAUGAUUAUACCAGGUAAGUGAAUAAGAUUAAGUGCUUUUCUUUCAUCACUUGAUUAUUUUCUUUAAAAAUCAGCUAUUAUAGGAUUUUUUUAUUUUAUACAUGCUGUUUUUUAAUUGAAAUGUAAUCACCGAAGUUUACUAAUUUGCUUUUAUAAAGGUUUGUAGCAUUACCAAAUAACUAAACUGGGAUUUAUAAACCAGCUGUGAUUAACAAUGUAAAGUAUUAAUUAUUGAACUUGAACUGGAUUUUUAGAAAAAUUGUUAUUUCCUUUUCUUCUUUAUGGUCUUAAAUAAUUUGAAUCCUUCAAGGACUUUUCCAUGCUAUUUUUUGAGACAGAAGAUAAUGUGAGGUAGGGGGAAGAGGAUGCAUGUGUUAAACUCCAUAAAUUCAACAUUCUUUCCUAUAGGUAACAAAUGAUUAUAAACAAGAUGCAUCUUAGAUAGUACUAAUAUCCUGAGCAUUGGAUUUCAUACUUAAUAUAAGACCUAAAUUUUUUGAAUAUUCAGUUAGUCACAUGAUUCCUAGCUUACAAGGGCUAGAUCUAAGAUUAUUCUCAUAAGAAAUGUUGAAUUUAUGAAGAAUGGAUUUUGAGACUUUGAAAAUGGUUUACCUCUAAAAUAAAAGAAUGUCCCAACAUCUACAUUUUUUGUAGUAGUAGGCAUUAGCAAGCUGGACAGAACUUAUCAAAAAAAAGUAUUUGUCCCACAAGAGCUGUGGUCUAUUGCUGAUUAAUACAGUAUUUUUGUGUGAUUUCUGGCACUACAGCACAAGUAUUAUCUCAGUGGAUUAUUUGGAGUAACAUCUCAAAGAUGGGUUCAUCUCUGUUUGUGUUUGCUCUUUAAACUAUUGUGUUUCUACUGUCCCAAGUUGGCUCUGUGUUCAUUAAAUAAAUUCUUCAGCUGCCUUAUUAGGAGUGCUAUGAGGGUAACAUCUUUUCUGCUUUUCAUCUUGUAUUUAGUUUACUGUAUUGAAAUAAUUGAUUUCAGAUCAAAUGAAUGUAAAUAGAAAUUAAAUGCAAAUUUGAAUGAACAUAAAAUAGUGAUUUUUUAUUAUCUUAAGGGAGGAAGAAAACUAUAUAUCAGGUGUACAAUUUUAUUAAUAUGUCAGAUGUGUUCAAGAUCUCAUAUUUAAUAAACUAUGUUUGUAAGGAAUGACAUUUGUAAAAAUUUCUGCUGAGAAACUGAAGCUAUUUAAAUAUUUAGUAUUGAUUUUUAUGUAUUAGAUGUUACACAUCUUUGAUUUUCAAGUUAUGUCAAAUAGUAGAUUUGAAUUAUUUUCUUAAAAAAUUCAUGUGAGACACACUAUAUUAAAGCUGGUGUCACAUAAAAACACUAGAAUACUUUCUUGUGCGAACAGUCAACUUACUGAGCCACACUUCUUAAUUAUAUUUGAGGUAUAUGCAUAAAAUAAUAGUGCAAAAACCUGUUAACUAUUGUCUCAUUAUCUACUGUAAGAUGGGCAUUUUAUGUAAAUCACUUAUCUAUAUCACACUUGCCAAGAUGGUAUAUCUCACAGAAGUUCUCAAACUGAUAUUAUCCUUUCAUAAUACAUGGUAGCAUCUCUUAAUGCUGGUACAUUAAUGUUUUAGAGGACAUGAACAUGAUCUGAAUUUACAGAAUAAUUGGGAACUACAUUCCUCUUUCUCUGAGGUGAAGGACUAGAAAAUAAAAGUACAUAAAUGCUUCCAGUUCAUAAUGGCAUACUUCUAUUUUUUCCCCCUAUUUUCAGUUCUUUGCCUGCUCCAAACCCCCACCAUCCACCACCAAUUGUCAUUUAAUCAUAUUGAGAAACAAAGUGUCUGGAGAGCCACUAUGUUAAAUAGGUGUGCCAAAUAGGUAUUGUAAUAGGGCUGAAUGCUACUCUUGUAUUCUGAUCAGGCAGUCAUUUCAACUAUCUUGCACAGCCAAAUUUUAAUCCCAGAUUGCUUUUCUCACCUAUCUUCUGCUACAUAUCUAAGUAAUACAACUAAGUUUCACCAAACCAGGAAAAUGAUUUAAGACCAAGUAAGCUUGUUUAAAUAUUUGCAGUGGUUCUCAAAGUAGAUAGAUACCUUGUGGUAGAUGAAUAGAAACUACUUAUAGCCAGGGCUCAGUGGUUCUGCCGCCUGCUUCACAAGCACAAGGUCCCAAGCUCAAUCCCCAGUACAAAAAUACAAGAAACAGUACUUAUAACCAGCCUGUAUUUACCUGGGGAGAAAGUUAGAUUUCCUAAGGUUCCCUUGUCAAUUUGGGUAGCUAUACUGGCAUGAAAGUGACUUCACCUAUAGCCAGUUGGUCACUUUAUUAACCCAUGUGCUGGUUUAGCCUUUGUCUUCUAAAUACUGCAAAUUUGUCUUCUUCUUCUUUUAAGCUCUCUUUUGCACUAUCUUACACUGAUUUUGGUUUUUUGAGACAAGGUCUCACUAUGUAGUUCACACUGCUGUGGAACUCACU